CCUAUUACAGCGUGAUUACAACGAAAUUUCACGGCAAAGGUCAGGUCUAUCUUUGGUUACCGAAUUUGGAAGAUUACGAGGAGAGCAGGUUGUGAUGCCCUCGGAGCAGGAAGAACAAAAAGGUAAAAAAGACGGAGAGAGUAUUGUUGAAAAAGGGAGUAAGUCAUUAAAUGAAGAUAGAAAAUCCCUACAAGGUGAGUCAGCGAAAGCAGUUAACGAAUCUACAAGGCCUUCCCGAGAGUCGUUAAGUCAAACUCCGGCCGAUAAAGUAACUGAAAGUGCUGGGAAAAGUUUCGGAAAGGUACCUGGAAAAGGUUCCGGAAUAGGUUUUCGAAAAGGCGCCGGAACAGAUCUUCAAAAAGGUGCCAGAACGCAUAUUCAAAAAAGUGCCGAAAUAGAUUUUCAAAGAGGUGCCGGAACAGAUUUUCGAAAAAGUGCCGGAGCAGAUUUUCGAGAAAGUGCCGGAAAAAAUUGUAGGAAAAGUACCACGAAAAACUCGGGAGAGGCUGCAGUUAGUGUUCCUCGUGGUACUGAUAGGAUCGCCGAUGACAGUUCGGGUACUCCAGGUUCGAGCCCAAGAAAAAGUAAUGAAUUUUCUGUAAAAAAUAUUCCGACCCCGAAAACAAGACCAAGUGAGGAAAGUGAUGUUCAAUGUUCGUGCUUAUCUGAUCCGUGCAGAAUUGCACGCGAGAGGGAGUCAGGUUUGCAGAACUGUGAUGAACCUUCAAAUUCCUUAGAGUUUGCGAUCCCAAGAAAAGGUCCUCUGUGUUGGUUCAUCAUGAUGGUGGCAAUAUUAAGCGCGAUCACUUUGAUAUAUCAGGCUGGACCUGGUAGUCUAAGAUUUGACGAAGACGAGGUGAUACGGCAUCCUGACUUCGAAACAUCCGCUAACCCAAGAAACAGUACCUCGACGAAUAGUACUUCACUGUUCUCGAGGGUGGCCAAAUUAAAUCCGGAGAGAACGCUUCAUCAUAUCGUGAAACGGGUCCCAGGUGAAGACAUUUCGCUGAUUUCGCCACUCGACGUAAGGGAAAACAGGACGGUGGAGUUUGCUUGCAAUCAUCGGCUGAGAGUGAUUCAUGACCAUCUGGUGGAAAUCAACGCGUCCCUUUUACCGGGUCUGGACCAAUUACGUCGCGAGUAUUGGAAACUACGCUUCAAAAUGGAGGCGAAUGUAUCGUUUCCAAAGUACAUUCUUGAACAUAACAAGCAAAUGAAUAUAGCGGUCGUGUUUUGCGCCCUGCCGAGAAAUCUGACAUUCUCCUAUAACUUCGUGAACUGCUCCAAUCAACUCCAGCCCAUCCGAGUCAUUUAUAACCCGCUGGCGCGUAGAGUUCUUGAUGAGUUUCGACAAAGUCUAGUUGACAACCCUGUUCAGGGUGAGAUCAUUGAUCGCUUUAGGUGCAUAGCUACAGCCAGCCCGCAAUUACCUGACAUGGUGCAACUCAUCUCAUUCCGGAUAUUGGCCGAUAUGAAUUUUGCGGACAGGGAAUUCACGUUAUAUACUUGCGCGACGAGCACUCGAAUUUGCACCGCAGCGUAUAGGUCAACUCUGCCGAUUGAAGCUAAGAUGGACAUCAACAACCUGAGAACGCAGUUUCUCGUAGCGCGCCGAAAUGCUACGAAAAAAAUGAAUUGGAGACAGAAUUCUCAAGUCAGCAUAAGUACUUGGUGUGAAACGGACUUUCAUGAAUAGAAAAAAGCCUGGCUUUAAACCUCUACGCUUGAAACCUAGUGCCCGUUUCGUAUUCAACAAAAUUACAGGAAUCUGGUUUCGUUCUCAUAACCUGAACGCAAAAAAAAAUGUAUGAACUAAACAAAGAAUUAAUUAUUAGA